AUGGAGCAAGAGGGACACCCAAAACACAAGGCUAUGCGUCAUUGGCUGCCGUGGUCCCAACGACAUGGUACGGUUUGUCCCUACCGAAGCCAGGUACAUGUCGGAACAGCGAUGCCGCUUACUCGUUCUCCAGUAUUGGAGUAUUGGAAUGCUCGAUUCAUCAGCUUUCAACUCUUGGGACAAUGUUGCCACCGGACUAUGCCUUAG